ACGGGAUGAUUACGUGAAGUUGUCAUUAGAAAAAUUAGAAGUAAACAUUAGCCAGCUGAUUGGGGUGGUUUGUUUUUAUCAAAUUUGUUCGGUUUUUCAAACAACAACAGCUCUUUUACUCGUUCUGAAGUGGUUGAAGUGAUAUUCCCAUACUUAAAUUUGCAAUACUAAAAUCAAUUUCUACUAGAUUUACGAUACCAAACAUCUUGCAUCUUCGGGUGCAAGGUGCAGGCAAUGAACUGCGUUAUACUGUACGCAAUCCGCAAUGCUCAGCUAAGAAAUGUAGCUUAUCGCUUUUGCUCAUCUAGUACAACUGGUUCCGAUCGGACAGCAGAUGAUAGUGUGCCAGAGCUACCUCCCGAACCGACAACUUGCUGCAUGUCCGGCUGCCAGAAUUGCGUGUGGAUUCAGUACGCGGCGGACCUUACCAAAAUACUAGACGAUGGCGGCGAAAAGGCACGUGAAAUUGUGCUGGAAAAGAUAUCCGACCCGAGCUUGAAGAUGUUUUUGAAAAUGGAACUGCAAAAUAUGCCACCGCCGAAGAACGAUCCCACGUGAAAAGCCAGGCAGGAUUGCAGCAACAAGGAUAGAUUAAGGGUUCGUAAAGCGUAAUUUCAGACACUAACGUUUAGGUAGGAAUCUAUUUUAAUUCAAAACUUAAAAUAAACUUGUGAUAUCAAAGAGGAAA